CUUUUAAUAUUGUGAAAUGGUCUAAGUCCACAUAGACAUUCGGUAUAAAGGCACUCCCUAGUUGAGUCCGAUCAUUGUAUCCUCGUGUCUACACAACACAAACACUACAACAUGAACACCUUCGCUGUUCUGCUGCUCUGCGUCCAAGCUUGCUUGGUUCAGAAUGUAUGGGGCCAGUGUCUGCGCGGCGCUGAGCUCGUAGGCCCAGCUUACGGCGGCUAUCUCGGCGGUCUGGGCGCUCCCUGCGGCCUCGGUCUCGGCGCUUACGGCCUCGCUGACGGUAUCUACGGCCCCGGUAUCGGCGCUUACGGCCUCGCCGACGGUAUCUACGGUCGCGGUAUCGGCGCUUACGGCCUCGCUGACGGCGUUUACGGCCUCGGUGUCGGUUGCGGCGCAGCUUACGGCGGCGAAGGCAUCGGCGAUGUAGCGGUCGCCGGUACACUGCCGGUGGAAGGCAGGACCCUGGUCGCCGGACAGGUGCCGAUCAUGGGCGCCGUGGAGUUCGGAGGCGUCGUGCCAGCCGCUGGCGGAGUGUCCAUUGCCGGCAGCUGCGGCUGCGGCUGCAGGGGCCCCUACCUCUACUGAGAACCACCUCCAAUCGCUUGACUUUACACUGCUCGAAAAAAUUUGACUAAUUCGAAAUAAACGAAUGAUUUAGCAUUUUAA